AUGAGUGGUCAAGGAGCAGAUGCUGCAACAGCGGCAUCUCAUGAGGGCAGAGAAGAGCAGGCCUCUAUCCUCCCGAAUCCAGCUUCCACCCCCAACUUUGGUUCGGGAGCACAAACCGGAAUGCAAAGCAGUGGCGGAUCCCAUCCUACCCAUGAGUCUGUCUUGCCACCCUUUGACUCAAACCAGUCGAUCCGAGAUCACUCGACGUCUCCGUCGAAUUCCAGGAGCCCGAGGAGGAGGCGGCGAGAAGGGAAAGCGCCUGAGGGAUCAAACUUUUCCAUGGAGCGAGCUGGCAGCUCUGACAGCAAGGUGCCCUCUUCUCAUGAGACUUCACCUAGGCGAGGGGAGGGCCUUGGAGAAUCGAAUGAUCCGGAAUCAUUCGAUGUAAGAAGGACCCGACCAAAAUCUGGUAAAUUGCCAGAGGAUGGAAACAUGGGUUCAGCUCGCCAGCCAUCUACCAAACCGGAGGGUUCAGCAACUAGGGCGGGUCCCUUUCAGGAAGGAGAAAUAUCAAGGAGUACGGAAAACCGCUUUAACGGUGAAGGAUCUUAUAGAAGUGCCGCAACAAUCGAUCAACCUAGUGGGAGCACCUCCCAAGCGCCUAUAAUAGGAGCCGCCGAGGCACUGGAAUCUAGACAAGACGCCGUAUCUGGUUCUGAACACGCCUUUGGAUCUAGCAUGGUUCCGCCUCCAGCCCCACCAAAGGAUGAUAAAGAUUUGAAUAGAGCAAGAAAUAGGGGUAAGAGCAACGCUAGUAGCCGUAGCUCAAGAGUUCUUAAUACCAACAUGGCUUUUGGAACUCCAAGACAAGAUGGGGGAAGCCGAGAAGAUAGUUAUGAGGGCGUUGGCUCUGUUGAUGCUCCCGCAUCAGCAUCCAUUAGAACUAGAGCAUCUUCAAACUCAUCUUCCCAUAACGAAGACUCAUCUUCGUUUAGGAGACAUACCCCUAUUUUUCCACAAACCCCGCCAAGCCAAAGUCGACAUCCACCACCACGUCCGGAGGUCAUUCUACCACGAUGGCAGCCGGAUGCUGAAGUAACUCUCUGUCCUAUCUGCAGAACACAAUUCAGUUUCUUUGUUCGCAAGCAUCAUUGCAGGAAAUGUGGCAGAGUAGUCUGUAGUUCGUGUUCGCCUCAUCGCAUCACGAUUCCGUACCAAUUCAUCGUACAACCUCCCACGGACAAUCCACCUUCUGGCGCUAGCUCUACCACUCGUCCCGUCACAAAUUCUUCGAAUUCUGGCAACCCGUGGGAUUUUGCAGGCCUUGGAGGUGGAGAGAGAGUUCGCCUUUGCAAUCCCUGUGUUCCGGAUCCGAAUAUAGCACCUCCCCAAACUUCACCACUUGAUACCUCCCUCCGCCCUUCACUAUCACCCUCUCAUAACCGCUCCUCUAGUCUAGCUGCAAAUUCCUACAUCUCUUUUCCGCGUACCCCAGGCACUACUCCACACUUCCAGCGUCAACAAAGACAAUCAUCUCUCCUGGGCAGGUGGUCUACUGACUCCUCCAUACAAGGCAGCAGCCAAUCUGCGAGUUUAGACGCGAACAAUGGCUCCAACAAUCAACACCUUCCUCUUCUUGAGGCUGCAGGGAGUCGCAUUCGCAGUAGUACGACCAGUGGUAGUUACGGUGGUGCUCCAAGGCAGAUACCGGAAGAUGAGAGGACCUCUUCAAGCGGCAAUGCGCCGCAACACGGCCGUCCUGCUGUCCCGCGAGAUCGACGACCGCUCCCAAUGCCGCCACAAGGGCGCAUUGACGACGCCGACCUUUGCCCUGUUUGCCACCGAGAACUGCCCAGCAGCACCUUACCAGGUGCAGAGGCGUUGAGGGAAGCUCACAUCAACGAGUGCAUCGAAGCAGCUCUCCGAGGGACCACCUCACCACCCAUCCGACCGUCCAACCCCUCCUCCCAAUCUACGAGCGCAACCGCCACCCCCCUAUCCCCAUCUUCCGCUGCGACCCCUAUCCCCAACACGCCCGAAGCGCGGGCCGCAGCGCGCGAACAAGCACACGCCGCCGUCGUCCUCGGCGCAUCCUCCUCGUCCACUAUGCACCGGCGCCGCACGGGCGUCUUCCCCUACAAAGCCACCGAGAAGGACUGUAUCGACGACGCGGAGUGCACGAUCUGCUUCGAGGAGUUCGAGGUCGGCGUCGACAUGGGCCGUCUGGAGUGCUUCUGCCGCUUUCAUCUGCGCUGCAUCAGGAAAUGGUUCGAGACCCGGCCGGGUCAGUGUCCGGUGCAUCAGCAUGAUGGCGGGGGCUUCUAA